GCGGGGAGGGGAGGCGGCUCCGGAGGGUCGGGGAGGCCCAGCUGCCUGCUCGGCCGCCUGCUGUUGCUAAGGGGGCGGGAGCGGGGGGCGUCGGGACCCCCGAAGGACCAGCAGCAGCAGCAGCAGCAGCAGCAGCAGCAGCAGCAGCAGCAGCAGCAUCCCCAGCAUCCCAACAACAACAACAACAACAACAACAACAACCGGCCUCCCAACAACCAUCACAAUAAUGGAGUUGAACUCUCUGCUGAUCCUCCUGGAGGCCGCCGAAUACUUGGAGAGAAGAGACCGAGAAGCCGAGCACGGCUACGCCUCCGUCCUGCCCUUCGACACUGACUAUUCCAGAAAGAAAACAAAGGCAGCUACCCUGGCCAGGAAACCCCAGAAUAACAGGUCUUCACACAACGAGCUCGAAAAACAUAGGAGGGCUAAACUCCGGCUAUAUUUGGAGCAGCUAAAACAGCUCGUGCCCCUGGGGCCAGACAGUACCAGGCAUACCACUCUCAGUCUCUUGAAAAGAGCCAAGAUGCAUAUCAAGAAAUUGGAAGAGCAGGACAGGAAAGCUCUGAACAUUAAAGAACAGCUCCAGCGGGAGCAUCGCUACCUCAAACGCAGAUUGGAGCAGCUGUCAGUCCAGGGGCUGGAACGGACCCGCACCGACAGCAUGGGCUCCACGAUAUCCACCGACUCCGAGCAAGAAGUGGACAUCGAAGGGACGGAAUUCACGCCCGGCGAGAUGGACAGUUUGGGGAGCGACGCCGAAGACCCGUACGGUUUGCAAAGCGGCUCCAGCGACGGCGGCUACUCCCGCUCACGCAGACUGAACGCCCGGCUGUCGUAGGGCCCGGGGAGCCCCUCCCCGUCCCUCCCGUCCCCCCGUCCCUCCCCGCCCUCCCCGCCCCCCCCCCCCCGACUCAGGACCGCCUAACUGCAGCACUUACACGGAAAAUUCCAGAGAAGUCGGCCCGCCACCGCCCCGCCGGGCCCCGGCCUCCGCCCCUCCCCUGCGCCCGCUGGGAGCGGACGCUUCGUGCCCACGGUUCCCUGCACCGUCUCCACCGGCGCGGAUCCGCACCCACCCUGGUUUUACCGCCGAGAACUGUGCCGAGGUACAGUUGGGACUUAAAAGCUAGCUUGAUGUAGCCAUGAGUAUAAAUGAAAUCAUAAUCAUUCCAUUCAAGAAGUAUUAAAUUGAAUGCUGGAAA